AUGGCACCCAUUGCAAUCUCACCCGAACCCCAGCCAGCCGUCUCGAACAGUGCCACACACAGUCUCUCUUCUGUCACGACCACUUACGAUGAUACCCUACGGUUCUACCUCAAUGGCACACGCGUUGUGCUAGACGAUAUCGAUCCGGAGAUAACUCUCCUUGAAUACCUUCGAGGAAUUGGCCUCACUGGGACGAAGCUUGGCUGCGCUGAAGGAGGCUGCGGAGCUUGUACAGUAGUGGUUUCUCAAUACAAUCCAACAACGAAGAAGAUAUAUCAUGCAAGCGUCAACGCAUGUCUGGCACCGUUGGUCAGCGUGGAUGGAAAGCAUGUCAUCACAAUCGAGGGAAUUGGAAAUGUCAAGAAGCCACAUCCUACCCAGGAGAGGAUUGCAAAGAGCAAUGGAAGCCAGUGUGGAUUCUGCACACCUGGAAUAGUGAUGAGCCUUUAUGCUCUCCUCAGAAAUGACUCAAGUCCUUCCGAACAUGCCGUGGAAGAGGCAUUUGACGGCAAUCUCUGCAGGUGUACAGGUUAUCGGCCGAUCCUCGACGCUGCCCAAACGUUCAGUGCAGAGAAGUCAUGUGGCAAGGCUAAAGCCAAUGGGGGCGGUGGAUGUUGCAUGGAAAAUGGAGGCGGUUCUGGGGGGUGCUGCAAAGGCAACGGAUUCAAGGACGACCAACCUAUCAAACGAUUCACCCCACCUGGGUUCAUUGAAUAUAACCCCGACACGGAACUUAUCUUUCCCCCUGCUCUUACCAAGUAUUCAUUCAAGCCAUUGGCAUUUGGGAACAAGAGGAAGAGAUGGUACCGUCCAGUCACAAUGGAACAGCUCUUGGAAAUAAAGAGUGUUUACCCUUCGGCCAAAAUCAUCGGAGGAUCCACAGAGACACAAAUUGAGAUCAAAUUCAAGGCCAUGCAGUACACUGCCUCGGUCUUCGUAGGCGAUAUCCCCGAACUUCGACAGUUCUCAUUCAAGGCAGAUCACCUAGAGAUUGGCGGAAACGUCAUUCUUACCGAUUUGGAGUCGAUUGCGUUGAAGGCGGUUGAGCACUAUGGUCCAGUUCGAGGCCAAGUGUUUGCUGCAGUUUAUAAGCAGCUCAGGUACUUCGCAGGUCGCCAGAUCAGAAAUGUUGGCACUCCUGCUGGUAACCUAGCCACCGCUUCUCCCAUUUCAGAUCUCAAUCCAGUCUUUGUGGCGUCAAAUGCCAUAUUGGUGGCCAAAUCUCUGGACAAGGAGACAGAGAUUCCGAUGUCUCAAUUCUUCAAAGGCUAUCGAAUGACAGCUCUUCCACCAGAUGCCAUUAUCGCUAGUAUCCGAAUUCCGGUCACCAGCGAGAAAGGCGAGUUCUUUCAGGCAUACAAACAGUCGAAGAGGAAAGACGAUGACAUUGCGAUUGUCAACGCUGCCUUCAGAAUGUCCCUCAAUACGUCCAACACUGUAGAGAGUGUAGAUCUUGUUUACGGGGGUAUGGCUCCAACGACCGUUGCGGCCAAGACCGCCAAUGCCUACCUCGUAGGCAAGAGUUUCACCGAUCCCGCUACGCUGGAAGGUGCUAUGAAUGCCUUAGAGCAAGGCUUUGAUCUCAGAUUCGGUGUACCCGGUGGCAUGGCUACGUACAGAAAGUCUCUUGCCCUUGGAUUCUUCUACCGCUUCUACCAUGAAGUUCUUUCUAAGCUUGAAGUUAGGGAAGUGGACAUUGAUACUGAGGUUGUUCCGGAGAUCGAAAGAGUGAUAUCCACUGGAAAAGAAGACACCGAUUCGACAAUCGCCUACCAGCAAAACAUUCUUGGAAAGGCAAAUCCCCAUGUGGCUGCGUUAAAGCAGACAUGUGGUGAAGCUCAGUACACUGAUGAUAUCCCGGUUCAAAAGAACGAGUUGUUCGGUUGCCUUGUGCUUUCAACCAAAGCACGUGCCCAGAUUCUGUCUGUAGACUACUCGCCAGCAAUGGAACUUCCAGGAGUUGUUCAAUGGGUUGAUCAUACAGAUAUGCCGUCACCAGAAGCAAAUUGGUGGGGAGCCCCUGUUUGCGAUGAAGUCUUCUUUGCGGUCAACGAGGUCUUCACAGCCGGACAGCCAAUUGGUAUUAUUUUGGCUGACAGUGCACAACACGCUGCAGCUGGAGCAAGAGCAGUAAAAGUUGACUACGAAGAGCUGCCUGCAAUCUUCACCAUCGAGGAAGCAAUUGAGAAAGAGAGUUACUUUGAGCACUAUAGGUAUAUCAAGAAAGGAGACACAGAGGAAGCAUUCAAGAAUUCGGAUCAUGUUUUCACUGGCGUUGCUAGAAUGGGCGGCCAGGAACAUUUCUACCUGGAGACCAAUGCAUGUGUUGCAGUUCCCAAGCCUGAAGAUGGAGAGAUGGAGAUCUAUUCUAGUACCCAAAACCCCACUGAGACUCAGGCGUACGUUGCGCAAGUCUGCGAUGUUGCUGCCAAUAAAGUUGUCUCCAAAGUUAAGCGUCUAGGUGGCGGAUUUGGUGGCAAAGAAACUCGCUCAAUCCAAUUGACGGGUAUCGUAGCUCUUGCGGCAAAGAGAACAGGUCGUCCAGUCCGCUGCAUGCUGAAUCGAGAUGAAGAUAUGGUUACGUCUGGUCAAAGACAUCCGUUCCUUGCUCGUUGGAAAGUGGGAGUCAACAAGGAUGGAAAGCUCCAAGCUCUCGAUGCAGAUGUCUUCUGCAAUGGCGGCUGGUCUCAAGAUCUGAGUGCUGCCGUUGUUGACAGGUCACUGUCACACAGCGAUGGCUGCUAUCUCAUCCCCAGUGUCCAUGUUCGAGGAAGAAUUUGCAAGACCAACACAAUGUCCAAUACCGCCUUUAGAGGCUUUGGUGGCCCUCAAGGGAUGUUCAUUGCAGAGUCUUAUAUGGAAGAAAUUGCAGAUCGUCUUGAUAUCCCAGUCGAGAAGUUGCGGGAGAUUAAUUUCUACAAGCCUCUUGAGGAAACGCAUUUCAAUCAGAGCCUCAAGGACUGGCACGUGCCGAUCAUGUACAAGCAGGUUCAGGAUGAAUCGAAAUACGCUGAGCGACGAGAAGCUAUCACCAAGUUCAACGCCACGCACAAGUGGAAGAAGCGAGGUCUUGCUCUUAUUCCCACCAAGUUCGGUAUCUCUUUCACGGCCCUCUUCCUCAAUCAAGCCGGUGCGCUGGUCCAUAUCUACCACGAUGGAUCCGUUCUUGUUGCUCAUGGUGGUACGGAGAUGGGGCAGGGCUUACAUACUAAGAUGACGAUGAUUGCUGCGGAAGCUUUGGGUGUUCCCCUCUCCGACGUUUACAUCUCCGAGACUGCAACUAAUACCGUUGCAAACACUUCUUCUACAGCUGCGUCUGCAUCGUCAGAUCUCAACGGCUAUGCCAUCUUCAACGCAUGCGCGCAGAUCAAUUCUCGAUUAGCCCCUUACAGGGAGAAAUUUGGCAAAGACGCACCGAUGAAGAAGCUUGCCAGCGCUGCUUAUUUCGAUCGUGUGAAUCUGUCAGCAAACGGCUUCUACAAGACUCCAGAUAUUGGAUACACAUGGGGGCCGAACGAAGGCCAAAUGUUCUUCUAUUUCACGCAGGGUGUUUCGGCUGCCGAGGUCGAAGUCGAUACACUGACUGGAGACUGGACUUGCUUGCGAGCCGAUAUCAAAAUGGACAUUGGACGAUCGAUCAACCCUUCAAUCGAUUACGGCCAAAUUGAGGGUGCCUUUGUUCAAGGAAUGGGACUCUUCACCACAGAAGAGAGCUUGUGGUUCCGCGGCGGUCCUAUGAAAGGCCAACUCGCAACUCGAGGACCAGGCGCGUACAAGAUUCCCGGCUUCCGUGACAUCCCACAAGAGUUCAACGUCUCUAUGCUCAAGGGCGUCCAAUGGGAGAACCUCCAAACGAUCCAACGUAGCAGAGGUGUUGGAGAGCCGCCUCUCUUUAUGGGCAGUGCCGUAUUCUUCGCAAUCCGCGAUUCUUUGAAGGCAGCAAGGAAGCAAUAUGGUGUUGAGGCUGAAAUUGGCGUCAACUCGAAAGAUGACGGGCUGCUGAGGUUUGAGAGUCCGGCGACUCCCGAGAGGAUUAGGACGAGUUGCGUUGAUCCUAUUGUGAAGAGGGCUUUUGUCAAGCCUAUGGAAGGGGAGAAGAGCUUUUUUAUUGCGAUUUGUUGA